AUGGCGACGACAAAGGGAAACACACGGCCUGCAUUGGUGACGGACCUUCGUAGACUCUUGGCUCAACCGAACCCAACAAUCCCACUGUACUUCGAGUCAACUCUGGAGAAAAUGACGGCGUUCAAGAGUGCGGUGAAUGCAUAUGUGGCGAGCGGCCAAGCCGAAAUCGCCCGGCGACAAGACAAACACAAGUCGGUGUUGAGAAGAGAGCACGAAAAAGUGGUCAAGAUGAAUGCGGAGAUUGAGCAGUUUAGGGUGGACGAGAUGAAUUUGAUGAAGACGCUCAAGAAGGAACAAGAAGAAAAGGCCGAGGCCGAGGCGAAGCUUGCAGAGUACAACUCUCAGUUGAAAGAUGUGGAAGAGACUAGAGCGACUGUGGAUGCGGAAUUGGAAGAUCUGCGGUCUAGGACUGACAAGUUGAAACUUGAGAAAUCGCAAGACAUGGCUAAACUUGAACAUCAAGUUGCCUUGAACGAGCCAGAAGCCCGUGCACUGAGUGAUUUACUCAAAUGGACGGUCGAAGGUGUACAGCGCGACGUGCUCCGCAUCAAGUUUACACACAUUGACGAAUCCGACUGGGCACGCGAGUUUAGUUUUGUCGUCGAUCUGAGCGAACAAACGUAUAAAGUGACGACAUCUUCGCCGCUUCUUCCGCAAAUGUCAGGUCUGGUGGAAUGGCUCAACGAGACGCGUGAAUUUUACUGGUUUGUGAAAAAGGUACGGAUGGCGUUUGGGCAGUAUGUGCAGGACGAGCGGCGUGCUCGGCAGACACAGUGA